AUGUCUGUAACUACCAAAGCUACCAUAGCCUCCUUUGGAGGCAAGCUUUUAAAACUCUCCCACAAUGCCUCUUCCACUGGCUGCGAGAUGGCAUUUAACUUAUACCUCCCACCACAGGCCUUGAACGGUUCUUCGAAAGUCCCUGUUCUUAUAUACCUUUCUGGGUUGACUUGCACAGCGGAAAAUUGCUCUGAGAAAGGCUAUUUCCAGCACGGUGCCAGCAAGAAGGGUAUCGCUGUGCUGUAUCCAGACACCAGCCCAAGAGGAUUAAAUAUUCAAGGCGAAGACGAUUCAUAUGACUUUGGAUCUGGAGCCGGUUUCUACGUCGAUGCGACUAAAGCUCCAUGGGAUAAAGGAUACAAAAUGUACAGCUAUAUUACUGAAGAGCUUCCCCAGACCGUCUUUUCGGCCUUUCCACAAUUAGAUUCAAGCCGUGUGAGCAUUACGGGACACAGCAUGGGUGGCCAUGGCGCUUUGACGUUGUACCUUAAAAACCCCGAGAAAUACAAGUCCGUGUCGGCAUUUGCUCCAAUUUGCAACCCAAUUAACUGCCCCUGGGGUCAGAAAGCGUUCAAAGGAUACUUCGGGGAGGAGAACACUGGGAAAUGGAAAGAACACGAUGCCACUGAAUUGAUUAAAAAAUGGAAUGGAGGUCCCUUAGAUAUUUUGAUUGAUAUGGGUACUGGCGACAAUUUCUACAAACAAGGGCAGUUGCUCCCUGAGAAUUUCACUGAGGCAGCUAAAACAGCUGGCCUUGAAUCGGGGAUCCAUAUUCGCUACCAACAGGAUUAUGAUCAUAGUUACUACACGAUGGCUACCUUUUCUGAUGACCAUAUCGAGCAUGCUGCAAAGUACUUGCUGGCAUAG